GCGUCUUGGGUCGGUGCGCUAAGCAUUGAACUGGCAGUCGUUAUGAAGGGCACAUCCAACGGACGGGGGUCGCGCGCUCUGGCAGGUGAAGCACUCCGAGCCCUUCUGUGUCCAGUGCGUCAAUAUAAGGUAAGUAGCACACUCGCUGUCAUUCGACCGCAGCGCACCGCUGCCUCCCGAGCCCACUUAUCCUAUCGAUGUACGGCAGCUGCAUCGUGAACGCGGUCGCGGUGCCUUCAAUACCCCGCUCCUCUGCCCACUUCCGCCUCGUUUGCGAGUCCGCGUCGAGCUGUUAGCAACCAUGGCUUUCACUAUGCGCGCCCCCGCCCCCCGGGCUACGGCCCAGAGCCGCGUGACUGCCAACCGGGCUCGUCGCAGCCUGGUUGUGCGCGCUGAUAAGGACAAGACAGUGGUGAUCGGUCUGGCCGCUGACUCCGGCUGCGGCAAGUCCACCUUCAUGCGCCGCAUGACCUCCAUCUUCGGCGGUGUCCCCAAGCCCCCGGCUGGCGGCAACCCCGACUCCAACACCCUGAUCUCGGACAUGACCACCGUGAUCUGCCUGGACGACUACCACUGCCUGGACCGCAACGGCCGCAAGGUCAAGGGCGUUACCGCCCUGGCCCCCGAGGCCCAGAACUUCGACCUGAUGUACAACCAGGUCAAGGCCCUGAAGGAGGGCAAGUCGGUGGACAAGCCCAUCUACAACCACGUGUCCGGCCUGAUCGACGCGCCCGAGAAGAUCGAGUCGCCCCCGAUCCUGGUCAUUGAGGGCCUGCACCCCUUCUAUGACAAGCGCGUGGCUGAGCUGCUGGACUUCAAGAUCUACCUGGACAUCUCCGACGACAUCAAGUUCGCCUGGAAGAUUCAGCGCGACAUGGCCGAGCGCGGCCACUCGCUGGAGUCGAUCAAGAGCUCGAUCGCGGCGCGCAAGCCCGACUUCGAUGCCUACAUUGACCCCCAGAAGAAGGACGCUGACAUGAUCAUCCAGGUGCUGCCCACCCAGCUGGUGCCUGACGACAAGGGCCAGUACCUGCGCGUGCGCCUGAUCAUGAAGGAGGGCUCCAAGAUGUUCGACCCCGUCUACCUGUUCGACGAGGGCUCGACCAUCAGCUGGAUCCCCUGCGGCCGCAAGCUGACCUGCUCGUUCCCCGGCAUCAAGAUGUUCUACGGCCCCGACACCUGGUACGGCCAGGAGGUGUCUGUCCUGGAGAUGGACGGCCAGUUCGACAAGCUGGAGGAGCUCAUCUACGUGGAGAGCCACCUGUCCAACACCAGCGCCAAGUUCUACGGCGAGAUCACCCAGCAGAUGCUCAAGAACAGCGGCUUCCCCGGCUCCAACAACGGCACUGGCCUGUUCCAGACCAUUGUGGGCCUGAAGGUGCGCGAGGUGUACGAGCGCAUCGUCAAGAAGGACGUUGUGCCCGUGUAAAUGGGUCCCUUAAACCGGCGUAUAUAGCGGCGGCGGGCGCAGCGGGAAUGCUGGCGGCAGCGAGCAGACCCCGCCCCUUGGAACGCCACGCGCCUGUCGAACCGGCGGCGGUGCGCGAGCACUGCCGCUGGCGCCGACGGCUCGCGGCGGCGGGGGAGCAGUUGCUUUGGCACCUCAGUCGCCUGUGUGUUAGCUGUAGCUGUGGUGGACGACCUUCGAGCGGCAGGUUGCUACUGUUGUUAAGCCUUUGCCUUGAUUUUUUUCGUGGGCGAGGCCGGGGGCCGGUGCCGGCCGCCGCCUAGCGUUUUGGCGGCCUGGCGCGUUUUUGCAUUCGCGCGCCGGUUGGCCUGCUGCUGGCGGUGGGCGGUGCCGGUUGUGGAUUGUUGAGGGCCGGCCUGGCAUUCACUGUCCGGCGGCUAGCAAGGUGGAUGCGCGGGGAGCAGGAGGUGGUUUCAACUAGCCCGGCUGUCGCGGGACUGGGUGUUGUACCAAACAUGGCCGAAAAGGCCCCCGUCUGGCGAGGGGUGGUUUUGCCGCCGGCGGUUAUCUGUAUCGGGGAGGAACGCGUUGCGAUGCGCUGUUGCGCCCCUCGUGCCUCCGUCGUCGAGUGGAGAUGGUGUUCGGUUUGUGUUCUGUCGGACCGUGUGUGAGAGAAGAGGAGAGCUUGCAUAUCCCGAAGCGUCGUCAAGUAAGAAUUUGACGUGCGCAACAUGUAAACUUAAAAUCUG